AUGGCGUAUCCUCAGCCCCACGAUCCAUAUAACCCCGGUUUUCAGCAUGAGGAACCCGACUCUGAGUUUGCAGAGUUAACUGAAAAUUCGCCCUUCAACAUUGCUGUCGUCUUGUGUCCUAACUGCAAGAAACAAUACCAAUCAGCCGAGGCAAUAAUUGAGCAUCUAAAUAGUGCAGACUCAUGCUGGCCAGAGAACCUCACCAACAGAUCAAUGCUGCCAGUACCGCAGGCUUUACAGCGACCGCCAGAGCAGACAAACUUAUCAGCAAAGUAUCACCCCACCUCUGGCUACCAUUACAUGGUUCCAGAUCAACCACCUCCACAAAAUAUGUUUCAGCAAAUGCAAGACCAUCCUCUUCAAGAAGCCAGGGAGACUAAUGUAUGGUAUCCAUUUGAUGGGCCGGGGGAAUGGUCACUCGCGAAAUUCCUUGUCGAGAACCUCUCUCAGACGCAGAUCGACAAAUUUCUCAAGUUAGAUUGGUUCCAGACGAGAGAGUGGCCGCAAUUCAAAAUGAAGGACAAGUUAUUCUUCUACAUGCAGCAGCUUCCUGGCCGUGGGCCGAAAUGGCAGUGUACGAAGCUUAAGCUCAAGGGCUACGAGAGUGAACAACCGAUUCACCUCAUUUGGAGGGAUGGGUUGGAGGUUACGAAGCAGCUUUUUGCAAACCCCGUUUAUGUGAAACACAUGUGCUAUGACCCACACUAUAUCUAUCAAGGACAAGAACGCCAAAUUGGAGAAUUUUGGACUUCGGAUGAUGCAUGGGAGAUUCAGGAUCAACUGCCGGAAGGGGCGACUAUCAUUCCGAUCAUUGCUGCCUCUGACAAAACCCCAGUUACAAGACACACAGGUGGCCUCGAGAUGCACCCAUUAUUCCUCACCAUCGGAAAUAUCCAGGCCGAUGUCCGCAUGAAGGCCACGUCACAUGCGUGGCGAUGUACUGCAUUCAUGCCAAUACCGACUUUCGUUGUCAACUCUGAUUUUCAAACUCUACUCCGGUCGCGUCUGUGGCACAAGUGCGUGGAUCUUGUAUGUUCCAAUUUGAAGGUCGCAGCUCGUGUUGGCGAGUACAUGGUCGAUCCCUUGGCCAAAAUCCGUUACUGUUUCACACCUCUUAUCAGUCACAUCGCCGAUCUCCCCGAACAAUUGAUGAUCGCAUGCGUCAUGAAAAACUCGUCUCCCGUCACCACAGCGACCCACAAAGAGUUUGGUGAUGAGACACCGCAUCCUCCACGGAAUGGAUCGGACACCUACGCACUUAUCCAGCAGCUUUGCAACCGUGUUGACCCAUGGGAUCUCAUUGCAUACAUUAGAGAGUCCAAAAAGCUCCAUCUUAGCGGGGUGCACUUGCCAUACUGGAGAAACUGGAGGUGCUCCAAUCCCGCUAGAUUCCUGACACCAGAAAUUCUGCACACGCUGCACAAAUUUUUUUUUGAUCACGUUCUUAAAUGGAUCAAGCAGAUCAUGGGUCAUGAACUUGAUGUACGGUUCAAGAGUCACCACAAGCGCACUGGUGUGCGCCAUUUCUCUGGGGGUGUCUCUCAUGUCAACCAAAUGACAGGACGAGAGCACCGAGAUAUUCAGCGCACAAUUGUGCCAAUGCUGUGGGGUAUUGCAAGCCCUGGUUUCAUCCGCGCUGUGCGGGCAAUGAUCGAUUUUAUCUACCUUGCUCAGAAUCCCCUUCACACUGAAUCCAGCAUCGCCUCCAUGACUCAAGCACUUCAAGACUUCCAUGAUAAUAAGCAGGCCAUCCUCGAUUCAGAGGCACGCCAGGGAAAGAGCGGCGCUAAAGACGACUUCUUCAUUCCGAAAUUGGAACUCAUGCAAAAUUUUGCUCGUGCGAUCUCCCAUGUCGGUUCACUCAUGCAGUGGACAGCAGACGUAUCGGAACGUCUUUUAAUAACUCACUGCAAACAUCCGUUUGAACACACGAGUCGUCAGAGAGACUUCGUCCUGCAGAUCGCUCGCAUCCUCGAUCAGGAGGAGUCCAUCCGGCUGUUCAACCUUUACACACUGUUGUCCUCGUCUUCAUCUACGCCUGGUCAGGACCCACUCAUGAACGCCGUCAUCAUGGAGGAUCAAGAGAUCGCUAGUACAGAGACAGAUCCCGCUUUCGCUUGGGUCUCCAAUGCAAACCCAGCUGCCCAGCUACGUCUGCAAGCGCCGCGCCCUGUUCGCAAUCACUUCUUGAAGGGUAUUUUGUCGGACAACGCACGGAUUGCCUUCAAUGUGACUGUGAAAGCAGAUCGCAAUCGCCUCAAUGCGUCUCUACUGCAGUCGUUGUACGAGAUCACUGAUUUUUCUCAUGCUUUACACGUCUACGCGACCCGCAAUGGUUGUACACUCCCCGGCCAGCUCCUAUUCAAUACAUGGUUGAAAUUUCGCAUCCAGUUAUUUUCCGCAUUCCACACUUGCAGGAUCAUGCCGAGCCAACAAAUUCACGCCGAGCCACCUUCCAGUAAUUUUCCUAGAGGGAAUUGCGACGCCGUAUUGUUUAACCAGAGGGUCGAUGGUCGUAACGAUGGGUCUUAUGUCGCUCAAGUACGAGCCAUAUUCCAGCCAACCCUCCCCAGAGGUUCUCGUGCGCAGUUCCCCGAGCGCUUGUCUCAGGUGCUGGUAUAUAUCCAGCAUUUUGACUUCGUCGUGCCUGGCCCCGAGCCAUCUACGGGCAUGUGGAUGGUCAGACGAUCUUAUACUCGAUAUUCUGCACAGUCGGAGAGGGUGAUCAGACACGGAUCCAUAAUUCCUCUCACAGACGUUACGCAUGCGGUGGAGAUUAUACCUGUCUAUCAAGGACCAUUGGGCAAGGAGGUGAAUUCUGGGAACUCGAUGGAGGUGUUCGACGACUAUUUCUUGAAUAAUUUUGCAGACAAAGAACUGUACCACUCGCUAUCAGUGAUCUCAGAUGCCUAG